AGCUACUGAAGCGGCACAGUGUGUCUCCCUUUCGUAAAUACUCACAAACCGUUGGCACUGACAGAUACAGUAAAAUGUCAAAUCAAAAGUGACAACACACGACUUAGGUUAUAUUUUUCGUUGGUUUUGAGAAUGGUCUGUUGACGCCCAAAUCAAUUCAAAAUCACUCGUCGAUCAAAUGUACCAAGUGAAGCGGCAUAUUUCCAUUUAUGUUGACUGAAUUCAAUUCAGUGGGGGAAAAUGUUGUCAAACUCAUUGACACAGCGAAUUUUGCAGAGAUUUCCGGGAAAAUUAACAUACUGCUUUGCAUAUGGAUCUGGUGUGAAAAAGCAAACGGGUUACAAUGACAAAGCGCAGAAAGAUGCAAUGAUUGAUUUGGUGCUGUGCGUAGACGAUGCAUUUGAAUGGCAUAAACGAAAUUUGGAGAGAAAUCCCCAUGAUUAUUCGUGGAUGCGGCUUUUGGGUUCCAAAAUAAUUGGAGAAUAUCAACGAUAUGCAGCUGGUGUCUACUGUAACACCUUAAUACCAAUUGACAAACACACCACAAUAAAAUAUGGUGUGAUUCGAACGCAGGACCUCAGUGACGAUUUGUGCCAUUGGUCUCAUUUAUACGUUGCUGGCCGAUUGCAUAAGCCAGUCAAAACACUAAUCGAACCGAAUGCCGAACUGAGGAACGAUAUGGCAAAGAAUUUUGAAAAUGCUCUACACACUGCACUCUUGCAAUUGCCCGAGCGAUUUACCUAUUUGGAAUUAUUUCAUACAGUUGCUAAUAUUAGCUAUGACGGUGACUUUCGAAUGUUUUUCGGCGAGAAAAAAGACAAAGUGAAAAACCUCGUUGAACCGCAACUAGAUGCAUUUCUCAAAUUGUACAAACCAUAUCUGCAGAAUAUGUUACAUUGCAUUCAUGUGCCUGACCUAUCAAAAGUGUGCGAUACGAGAAUUCAACAGACGAAAUCAUAUGAUUCUGUACUUGAGCACUUACAAGCAUUACCAAAGCGAAUUCAAGAAUUGUUAAAUGAGUCAUUGCCAGAGUUAGCUCAUAAGCCUGAUUUUGGCAGUGGAGUUAAAUCAGCCAUCAGGGCUAUCAAUCGAGAUAACAGCAUUAGACAAACAUUAAAAAAUAUUCCCACAGCCGGUGUGUUCAAAGCGAUUGAAUAUGGCUCAAAAAAAGCACUAAAAACAUUUUCAAAAUGAUUAAAAAACAAUUGAAUGAAUUUUGUCUAUUGUUUUAGUUUUUCCUUGUAUUUUUUCCACAACAUGGAUGGUUUGCAUGGUUUUUCGCUUUAAACAAGAAAGAUUUUUCCAAAUAAAGAGUAUUAAAACUUUGUUGUUUUGAGAGAGUGUUGUACGAUGUUAAAAUUUCUUAAUCUAACCAAUAAAAAUGGCAUUUAUCUCGGCCUUUAUGAAGUUUCAGAUUGGCAAUUUUAUUACAUAUACUUGUUGCCAAUUAAUUUGAUAUUGA